UGCUAUUCUCCCAUAUAUGAGGAACUGCGGGGUCAGCAGUAAAUAAAAUAAAAUUUGCCAUAAUCAGUAGGUUGACGUCCACCACACAUCGCAAAAAGGGCUUCACAGUCACAAGUUGGACGCACCAUUUCAUUUCUCUCUCGAUAGUGCUUGCGUUCGGAUCGUGUUCGUUGAGUUGUAGUGAAAAGUGCUCAGUAAUGCUCAUAAAACUUGCCUGGAUCUUAACGUUGUACCUGGCAUUGAGUCCAGUCGACGCCGGUCGCAGUUUCUGGCGCGGUAAAAAGUUCACUCAGGACGAACCUUCCAAAAAUCCAUCUUUCAAGGGGUUGGGCUCGAAUGUACAAACGCUGUGGUUCGAUCAGCUGCUGGAUCACAACGAUCCCACCAAUCCGACCACUUGGAAGCAGCGAUACAACGUGAACGAUGAAUACUUCAAGAACGAAGAAGAUAACGGACCGGUGUUCCUGAUGAUUGGAGGGGAAGGUGAGGCCACCGCCCGCUGGAUGACGGAAGGGGCAUGGAUCCGCUAUGCGCAGGAAUAUGGCGCCCUUUGCUUCCAGCUUGAACAUCGUUUCUAUGGCAAGAGUCACCCAACGGAAGAUUUGUCUACAAAGAACUUGGCAUACCUUACUUCGGAACAAGCGCUGGCCGAUUUGGCGUACUUCAUUGAAGCGAUGAAGCAGAAGUACCAGCUGGGCCGAAGCAACCGUUGGAUCGCAUUCGGUGGAUCAUAUCCGGGAUCGCUGGCAGCCUGGUUGCGUGAGAAGUACCCUUACCUGGUUUACGGAUCCAUCAGUAGCAGUGGUCCUCUCCUGGCGAAAAUCGAUUUCAAAGAGUACUUUGAAGUGGUGGCCGACUCUCUAAACCGGUACUCACCCGAGUGCGUCGCCAACGUACGCAGUGCCAUGUCCCAGGUCGAAACACUCCUGAAGCACAUGAUCGGUCAGCGGAAUCUGAACGACAAGUUCAAACUGUGCGAUCCGGUCGAAAAGUCCAUCGCAAACGAACUGGACCUUUCCAGCCUGUUCGAAGCGAUCGCUUCCAACUUCGCCGGAGUGGUGCAGUACAACAAAGACAACAGUCCUCACGCGAGGCUCACGAUCGACGAGGUGUGCGACGUCAUGAUGAAUCAAACCAUUGGGGUGCCGGUUUCGCGGCUGGCCGUCGUCAACGAGAUGGUUAUGAAGCAGGAUAAGGCCAAGUGUUUGGACUAUGUGUACGACAAGACCAUCAAGCAGAUGCAGAACACUUCGUGGGACUCGGAUGUGGCCAGUGGAGCUCGCCAAUGGAUAUACCAAACCUGCAACGAGUUCGGUUUCUACCAGACAUCGGACAACGCCGAAUCGGUGUUCGGUGAUCGUUUUCCCGCAGAAUUCUUCACCCGCCAGUGUGCCGAUGUGUACGGAAGACGGUUCGAUCAAAAAGCUUUGAGCCGAGCAGUCUAUCGGACCAACACCAACUACGGUGCUUUGAACCCCUCGACGACGAAUGUCCUGUACGUGCAUGGCUCGAUCGACCCGUGGCACCGGUUGGGACUAACGGAGAGCAACGACAUCCAGAUGCCGACCAUUUUCAUCGACGGAACCGCCCACUGUGCCAACAUGUACGAACCCAAGGAGGACGAUUUCCCACAAUUGAAAGCAGCGCGAGUGCAAAUCAGUAGCUUUAUUGGUAGAUUACUCAAAAUGGAUGAUGAUUAUGAUUAUUAAGCUUUGCUGUGCCCUAAAAGUUUGUAUAAAAAAUAGCUCUCUCUUCUGAUCAAACUGACUUGUAGAUUAAUAUAGAAAUAUAAAAUGCAAACACUAUGUUCUCAAAGUUAA